AAUAAUAAUAAUAAUAAUAAUAAUAAUAAUAAUAAUAAUGAAACAGACUUAGCUAUCAAAUAUCCAAUACGACGUCGUCGCACCAGUUUCUCUAGACAAUACCAACGAUCCUCUUCUCUAACACCUCAACAAUCAACACCUGUUUCUUCAAAUAAUGAUCAAAUUCCAGAUGAUAAAAACCCCGAUACGUUUACCGGUUUUCGGUUGAAGUUCCGCUGGCAAUUGGCAUUUUUACUCGCUGUAUUGAUAACGACGUUUUCUUCGUUGUUGCAUAAGAAUAUUUCAUUGCAUAAUCAAGCUAAUGAUCUGCAGGCCCAGAUUACAAAGCUCAAUGGUAGAUUACAAGUCUGCAAUUUACUGGAACCCACGGACUUAAAUGAUCAAGAUUCACAAGAAAGCGUAAAUUUUUCCAAUAACAAAUUGAAAAAUGUAGCAUUGGUUCUCUCGAUAAUACUUCUUUCAAUUCCCUUUAUUUUUCUCAAGUAUGUGGAAUAUAUCUCAAACUCUAGAUCACCAGACAAUUUGAAGGAAGAGGCGUCCUUAAAUAAGCAGCUCGCUUAUAAAGUUGACGUGUUUUUAUCAACACGCCCAUAUUCAAAGCCAUUGGCGUUGUUGGUUGCAACUCUUUUACUUAUUGGUGUUGGUGGUUUGGCACUUUUUGGUGUUACUGAUGAUGGCUUGGCUGAUUGCCUUUGGUUAUCGUGGACUUAUGUUGCUGAUUCCGGAAACCAUGCCAACUCUGAGGGAGUUGGUCCACGGUUAGUUUCAGUUUCUAUAAGUUUUGGUGGGAUGCUUAUAUUUGCAAUGAUGCUUGGACUCGUUACUGAUGCCAUAUCUGAAAAGUUUGACUCGCUGAGGAAAGGAAGAAGCGAGGUGGUUAAGAAAGACCACACACUAAUUCUUGGAUGGAGUGAUAAAUUGGGUUCGCUAUUAAAUCAACUUGCUAUAGCUAAUGAGAGUUUGGGUGGAGGGAUUGUGGUAGUUAUGGCUGAACGAGACAAAGAAGAGAUGGAACUUGACAUUGCUAAUAUGGAAUUUGAGUUUAGACAAACAUCUGUAAUAUGCAGAAGUGGAAGCCCAUUAAUAUUGGCUGACCUAAAAAAGGUUUCUGUAUCCAAGGCUCGUGCAAUCAUUGUCCUUGCGGAAGAUGGAAAUGCUGACCAGAGUGAUGCAAGAGCUUUGAGAACGGUUUUAAGCCUAACAGGUGUAAAGGAAGGACUUGGUGGACACAUUGUGGUGGAACUUGGCGAUCUUGACAAUGAGGUGCUUGUUAAACUUGUAGGCGGGGAUCUUGUUGAAACCGUUGUGGCUCAUGAUGUUAUUGGUCGUUUGAUGAUUCAGUGUGCCAGACAACCUGGCCUUGCACAGGUGUGGGAAGAUAUUCUUGGAUUUGAAAAUUGUGAGUUUUACAUUAAAAGAUGGCCACAACUGGAUGGUAUGCAGUUUGAAGAUGUCUUAAUUAGCUUUCCGGAUGCCAUCCCUUGUGGAGUAAAAUCAGUUUCCCGAGGGGGAAAAAUCAUCCUUAAUCCUGAUGAAUCGUAUGUUCUACAAGAAGGUGAUGAGGUGCUUGUUAUAGCAGAGGAUGAUGAUACAUAUGCGCCAGUAACAUUACCAACGGUGAAAGAAGCACCAUUCAUACACAUUUCCCGACCAGCAAGAAAGCCCCAGAAGAUUCUUCUUUGUGGAUGGAGGCGGGACAUUGAUGAUAUGAUUGUGGUACUGGAUGCCUUUUUAGCACCAGGUUCGGAGUUAUGGAUGUUUAAUGAAGUUUUUGAAGGCGUGAGGGAACAGAAGCUCAUUGAGGGUGGCUUAGACAUUGAGCGGUUAAUGAAUAUAACUCUGGUUCAUCGUGAAGGGAAUGCUGUCAUACGUCGUCACUUGGAAAGCCUUCCCUUGGAAUCUUUUGAUUCAAUCUUGAUUCUAGCUGACGAGUCGGUAGAAGAUUCAGCAAUACAGGCUGAUUCCAGAUCUCUUGCUACACUUCUAUUAAUACGUGAUAUCCAGGCUAAGCGUCUUCCAUAUAGAGAAGCCAUGGCUUCACAAGGUCGCAAAGGUAGCUUUUCACAAGGUUCCUGGAUAGGGGAAAUGCAGCAGGCUUCAGAUAAAUCAGUUAUCAUUAGUGAAAUCCUUGACCCUCGAACUAAAAAUCUACUAUCCAUGUCAAGGAUCAGCGAUUAUGUUCUAUCAAAUGAGCUUGUUAGCAUGGCAUUAGCAAUGGUUGCAGAAGACCGCCAAAUAAAUGAUGUACUUGAGGAACUUUUUGCUGAAGAGGGGAACGAGAUGCACAUAAGGCAAGCAGAACUGUAUAUUCAGGAAGGUGAAGAACUUAGUUUUUAUGAAAUUCUUCUGCGUGCUAGACAAAGGAGAGAAAUUGUGAUCGGGUACCGUUUAGGCAAUGUAGAGAAAGCUGUGAUCAACCCCCCUGGGAAGAUGGAGAAACGGAGGUGGUCGCUUAAGGAUGUUUUUGUAGUAAUAGCUGAGAAGGAAUGACAAGCUGUUAAAGAAAAUGCGUCUUUCGUCUAGGCAUCCAAGUCUGGUAUUGUACAGUUGUCUAAGGGAAAUAGAAAUUGCUGAACACAAGCAUCCCUGGAUGCAACAUGUUGUACAGUUUCAUGUUACGGAAAUAAUUGUACAUAGAAACAAAAAAGAAAAUAGAUAGCAGAUCGGUUAGCAUUUUGGGAUUUUGGAUAGAUAGUCAAAUGCCAAAAUUCAUUUUGUAAUUGAUUACUAUUUACUUGAUACUUAAUUACUUGAUACUUGAUUAUGCAAAGCAUUUUAUAAA